ACAAGAGGGCGCCCGAGAGGCCGUCUACUCUACAUUCCGACAAAAAUAGAAUAAAGGGGGUGUUUCGUUUUCUGGUGUAACUGUCUUCCUGUCGCUGUCGCCCCACCAGACAUCCGGGUUUACUUCAAACUGGUUUGUUUGAUCAGUAGAAAUUGAGGUUGCACGGCUCAGUCCCAGCGUGACGGUGGGUUAUUGCAGAGAGCAGCUAGCCGUGUUAUCCGGCCGGAGAGCAUAACGCUGACAUCUCGCAGCGCAUCUCAGACGCACCGAAGGCUGCUCCCGUGGCUAACCGGCAAUGUCACGGCGCAGCUCGAGACUCGUGACCACCGGUUACUACCAGGCCGAUGAUGAUGCUGCCAGCACGAGCUCCACCGGCUCCACCGGCCAGAUCUCCUACAGGGAGAGUCCUCUCAGGGUUUUCAAGAAGAAGACGGGGGGGCGCAAGGCGGCGUCGUCGCGCUAUGCGUCCACGGUCACCUCCGCUGAGUCCGUGGGCCAGUUCAGCGAGGAGGCAGCAGGGUACUGGGGACCCCUGAAAAAUAGCUCCUCCUCAUCCUCUGUAAGGAGCUCCAGCGUGGACGGGCCCCUGCCGGCCUCCUCUGCGUUCCCUGGGGCGAGCAGCCUCUCUGAGGUCCAAGAGCACUCGUCUGGAUACUCCUCCUCGGAGGAGGGAGUUUAUGGCCAGCGGUUCGGUUCUGCCCAGCCCUCCGCAAGACCGGAGUUCACAUUCAGCGACGCAAUGCACUCUCCAGCUCGAGCGGCCGCCAUGUUGUUCUGGUGGCUGGGGACGGCCUGGUACAGCCUCACCUCCGGCUGCUCGCUGUUGGACGUGUUCCUGCUCAGCAGACGGACUGCAGCCGUGACGAAGGCCAUCUUGCUUUUCUUUCUCUUCCUCUUCCUGGCAUUUGGCUUGUGGUACUGGUACCCCUAUCUCCCCGGCUUCCUCGCCUCCAGUGCUGGAAGAAAGGCUGGUCCCACUCUCCACAAGCCCAACUCCGCCAUCCUUCAGGAAGGAGCGGCGGCCCCUGACCUGCCGGCGCUCCGGAACGAAAUCCACGGCCAGCUGGUGGAGCAGGAGACGCGCUGGCUGCUGCAGAAGGAGCAGGCGAGGCAGGCGGAGGAGAAGAGGAGUCGGGAGGAUGAGGAGCAGAGGGAGACUGUGCGGAGGGAGAUUUCAUUGUUAAGGCAGGACAGACAAACGCUGCACCAGCAGUUAGAGGUGUUGACAACCGAGCUGAGUGGCCUGAAGUCAUCGCUGAAGAGUGUGGAAAAUGAGCAUCACAGUCGGCUGGGCCGGGAAACAGCCGGAAUAGACAAACAUAUUAGCGACUUGCGGGCCGACGUCCACUCCCUGUACGAGACGACCGACUUGCUGAAGCAGAAAGUGGAAUCCCAACAAGCUGCCAGUGCCAAGCUGAAGGAUGAGCUCACCCAGUGGCUUCUGAAGCACCUGUCUGAGGGCAGAGCAGCCGUCGUGCUCCGGCCUGAGCUGCAGGGGGCGCUGGAGAGCCUGGAGAGGAAGCUGCUGCAGAGGCUGGCGGAGGACCGGGAGCAGGAGAAGCAGGACGCCUGGAGGAGCGUGGGGGAGGCGCUGCAGGGGGAGGGUGUGGGUGCUGUCACAGUGCAGGACGUGCAGCAGAUCGUGCACAGAGCCCUGAGCCUGUACAGAGCGGACAGCAUCGGCAUGGCCGACUAUGCCCUGGAGUCCUCAGGAGCCAGUGUGCUGAACACUCGCUGCUCAGCCACCUACCACACCAGGACGGCCUGCGUCAGCCUCUUCGGCGUGCCGCUGUGGUACCACUCGGAAAGUCCGCGCACCGUCAUCCAGCCGGACCUCUAUCCCGGGAAGUGCUGGGCCUUCCAGGGGAGUGAAGGCUUCCUGGUCAUCGCCCUGUCGUACCCUGUCCACAUUACCCACGUCACCCUGGAGCACCUGCCCAAAGUCCUGUCCCCGACCGGCCACAUUGACAGCGCCCCCCGCGAUUUCUCUGUCUACGGAAUAACAAGUGAGACUGAGGAGGGCACUCUCCUGGGAAAGUUCACGUACGACCAGGACGGAGAACCCAUCCAGACGUUCAAACUGCCGAAGCCCGUGGAGAAGGUGUACCGCAUGGUCGAGUUGCGCAUUCUCACUAACUGGGGUCACCCCGAGUACACGUGCGUGUACCGCUUCAGGGUACACGGAAAGCACCCUAGCAAAUGAAGUGCCCCCCCCCCCACCUGAAAAGGGCAUGCCUCAAGCCCUGGGGCAAGGUUGGAGAGAUCCACAAUCGAGUCACCAUUUCUCUAUGCAAAAAAGGGCGUGGUAUGGUUUCUGUAAAAGCUUGCAGGGGGCGUCCGAGCUUAGCUGUGCUAAACACCUCCAUCAGCAGGAUUUUGGGCUUGGAUCUCGACACCGGACACCUGUCCGUGAGCUGACUUUGCAAAAAAUAAGGCCUGAUAUUCCGCUCUGUCAUGCUGGACAUUGAAGGAGCACAAUAAAACUCAAGCAGACACAUCCACUCGGAGACAAACGGAAUGAGGAUCAAAUACACGUACAAUCCACACGUACAAGUUAAAAUAAUGCAAUUAAAUGUUUGGCAUGUUGCACUAUAUGAGAAAAUAUUUCCUUUAAUGUGUCAUUUUGGAGUCAAUCCAUUUGUUGCACUUGCUGUAUAUUUUCAGUCUGUGUUUGUAUAUACUUAUUAAUGACAAAGGGCUACUAGUCAUUUUAAAGCGUGGAAGGAUGUUUUAUUUAAAAGCGUUAUUCUUUUUUUGUUUCUCAUCUGUUUCUCGCAAAGACUGUCUCUCACUGAUCUAUUAAGUCACUCUUUUGCCUUGAAGUGUAAAUUCAGUAUUACAGUAGUCCAGACCUCUUAGAAGGUGGAACAGUUAGAAAGUUUACCUAUUCUACCCUGUGCAGCCUGGGAUAAGCUCCAGGCCCCCUUAAUCCUGUAAGGGGAGGGAAGAUGGUCUUUUGAAAUCGACGCCUGUUUUCGACUAACGGUCUGAUUCUGGUCGGAUGAGCUCGUACACCCUGUCCCGUCAGCCACCGUCAUUCAGGGCGGCUUGGCUCAAACGUUGCGAGCAGGUAGCGUGUUUUGUCCUAAACUAGGGAGAACGCAGGUGGGGGAUUCUGGUGUGCUCUGGACGUGCGGUCCCAUCACCCUCCAGGCUGAUGAGCUCCAUCCGGGGCGCCUCUGAGAGAUGGCCCAGAAAUUUCCUGUUGGGACGGACAUGUCGGUGUCAUUCUCUUAAAGGAAGCAUUUCCAGUGUCCCUUUUUUCUGACUUUCUCUGUCUUAUGACUCGAGAAGUUUGUAGUCUACCGUGUAUGUUGUGUAUGUCCAGCAUAGCAGUGACACACUUGCUUCUAUAGGGCUGUGUGUUUGACCCGAUUCUGCUCUACCUCCUCCAAACAGUAAACGUGCCACAGGAGUCUGUUUGUCAAGAGGAAUAUACAGGAUUGUGUAAAAGUCUUAGGCAGUAAAAGGAAAUGAUUUUUAGAUCUUUAUCUUGGUGUAAAACUAUGAAUUUAUGUCUGUUGAAGUGUGUCAGCUAAGCCAUUUCAAAACCUUUCCUAAAGUCACCCCAGUACUUCCAGUGACCAUCCAUUACAUCUUUAUUUUAUAUACCAUGUAUUUUUGACUCUGGUAGCUGUACCAACCAAUAACUAAUAAAAUUGAUAAGCUGAGGUGGGGGUGAAAUUUAACAACCACAUGGGAUGACUGAGGUGCCCCUGAGGAGAGGUUUGGGAACUGAAGCGGUGUUUAUCUAGCCAUCCAACUAGAUAUCAGUAACUGUUUGGAGCAGAGAAGAAAUUCUUAGUUUUUAUUGUGUUAUUAAUUUGUGUCUGUUCUAAUGUUGGUGUUUUUCUUCUGAGAAAAUACACACUUACUACCCAUGUAAAUAACUUCAAACAUUUUUGACUGCCUGAAACUUUUGCACUGUACUGCACAUAUGGUGACUAUUCUGAAAUUGCACUUUUGUUCCCCUUAAAAUAUUUUGUUUGCAAAUUGGGAAAACAGAUGUCUAAGAAAGCUUUAAUUGAUGCCAUGUAUUUCCUGUAGUAACCUCUGUUAUUCUGUUAGAUUGCAGCCCCCAUUGCACUGUGCAGGAUCAGGGUGUCGACUCGUCGCCUUAACUUUACGGGGGGGUCAAUCAUAAGUGCUUAUCCCUUUAGUCACAAGUGUGAUCUAUGGUACGUUUCACUGGUAAUUCAUCUUCUCAUUAUUAUCAUUGCUUUGUUGUAUAUUUAAGUUAUGUAAGCCAAGAGGACAAAUUGUCUCAUUGUGUCUAAAGUAAAUAAAAAGAUUGUUUUUGAUUAACCUUUAA